CAUGACUUGAAGCAAUGAGCAGCCCUUCUAAGAAAAGAAAGACAAACAGCUAUCAGGCUAGCAAUGAACAAACCAAAGGUCUCGAGUUCUUCUUUAAUAAGCAGAAAGAUGCUGCCAAGGUUGUGGCGAAGCAACCAUCAGAACGACGACUUGUGGACGAUGAGACAACCCCAGCCAAAGGAAAUAUUGCGCUGAGCGAUGACGAGCUAGCCCGCCAACUUCAAGAAGAAUUUGACAAAGAAGAGCGGGAAAGGCGAAAAGCGCAGAAUGAAAGCGUCCCAGACGAGGAUCCAGCUGUUGCGAGCCUUAUUAUUGACGUCAAGGAUAGAGACAGCACGUCCACGAAUAUUGCUACGGAAACUGGACGGGAACCACUACCUUCCAUUUCCUCUGGCCAACAGAAGUUGCAAAACACCCUAGCCUUACAGUCAACCGUUGCCGACGAAGAUGUCAUCACCUCAAACAUACCCUUUGAUGAAAAUCCGUUGACAUUUGACCCACAGAAGUAUUUACCAGAGUUACAGAGACACUGGGCUUCAGAUGGUGGCCAGGCGACAUAUGCUCUACUCACACGCUGCUUCGUGCUGGUAAAUGCUACAACCAGUCGCAUCAAGAUUGUGGAUACUCUAGUCAACUUGUUGAGGAUUUUGAUCGAAGGCGAUCCGCAAUCUCUUCGCCCAGCAGUAUGGUUAACUACAAACGCUAUUUCGCCUCCAUAUAUGGACCUUGAGCUCGGACUAGGGGGUUCAGCAAUAUCCAAGGCUCUAAAAAAGGUGUGCGGACUGGACAAUGCGGGCCUGAAAGCGAUUUACAACAAGCAUGGUGAUGCUGGCGAUGUCGCGUUCGAGGCAAAGAAACGGCAGUCCUUUACGUUGCGUAAGCCUAAGCCAUUGACCAUUAAGGCCGUAUACGAUUCGUUGGUCAAGAUUGCAAAAAGCAAGGGGACGGGUAGCCAAGAGGUGAAGCAAAGAAUUGUCGAUAGGUUAAUACAAGAUGCAAGAGGAGCCGAGGAAAGCAGGUACAUUGUGCGAACACUUGUGCAGCACUUAAGAAUAGGGGCUGUGAAGACGACCAUGCUUAUUGCUUUGUCCCGCGCGUUCUUGCUCUCAAAACCUCGUGAUGCCGACUUCGAAACCAAAUCACCUGCUGAACUGUCAAAUAUGAGGAAAGAAAAGCUUGCAGAGGUCUGGAAACAAGCUGAAGAAAAAGUCAAAGCCUCAUUUGCACGCAGACCAAACUACAACGACUUAGUGGCGACGCUUCUCGAGAUUGGCGUGUGCGACGAGCUUCUCCUCCGCUGUGGCCUUGCUCUCCACAUUCCUCUACGGCCAAUGUUAGGUAGUAUCACGCGAGAUCUUAGUGAAAUGCUUACAAAAUUACAAGGUCGCGAUUUCAGUUGCGAGUUCAAGUACGACGGACAGAGAGCUCAGGUGCAUUGCGACGAGCAAGGUAAAGUCACCAUAUUUUCGAGGCAUUUGGAAGUCAUGACAGAAAAAUACCCCGACCUGGUUGCGCUUGUACCGAAAAUACGGGGAGAGGGCGUCAGCAGCUUUAUCCUUGAGGGCGAAGUCGUAGCUGUGGACAAAGAGACGGGUGAUCUGAAGCCAUUUCAGACGCUCACAAACAGAGCCAGAAAAGAUGUGGUGAUUCAUGAAGUCAAAGUCGAUGUCUGCUUGUUCGCUUUUGAUUUGAUGUACUUGAACGGUGAAGAGCUUUUGGACCGAUCAUUCAGGGAGAGACGGAAUCUAUUACGCAGCUUGUUUGUCGAAAUACCAAAUCGCUUCACAUGGGUUAGAAGCCUCGACGCAACGUCUGCAGAUUCAGAAGUGGUACUCGACUUCUUCAAGCAAGCUACCGACACGAAAUGCGAAGGCAUUAUGGUGAAAGUGCUCGACAAUGAAUGGCAUUCUGAUGCUAUGCAAAUCGAUGAUGAGAAGCUUGUUGAAAAGACAUCACAAACCCCAAAGAAGAAUGGCAAGAAAACCACAAAGAUCAAGCAAGAUCUAGACGACGUGCCUAGCUCAAUUCUAGCAACAAAAGAGAAGGGAACUCGUCGCAAAGCCUUGCUCGCGACCUACGAACCAGAUAAACGCCUGGAAUCCUGGCUUAAGGUGAAGAAAGACUACAACACUUCAGCCGACACGCUCGACCUGAUUCCCAUCGCCGCUUGGCACGGCCAGGGUCGGAAAGCGAAAUGGUGGUCUCCUAUCCUUAUGGCCGUCCGCAAUGCAGAGACUGGCACACUAGUCGCCGUUACGAAAUGCAUAUCCGGCUUUACGGACGCUUUCUACAUCGCCAAUCGAGCCAAAUACGACCCAGACACGGGCCAGAACGUGAUCAGCAGGCCUAGUUAUGUCGAAUACGCGGGCAACCCGGACGUGUGGUUCGAACCACAGGAAGUUUGGGAGAUGGUCUUUGCCGACGUUACGCUGAGUCCAACAUACACAGCCGCGAUUGGACUGAUUAGCGAUGAGAGGGGCCUGAGCCUGAGAUUCCCUAGGUUUCUGAGGGUGAGAGAGGACAAGACCAUCGAUGAGGCUAGCACGGAUGAGUUCCUUGCAAAACUUUACGAGAAGCAGGAAGCUAGAGCACCUGUGGCUGAUGAGCAGGCUUUGCGAGAGCUAGAUGAAGAAGAUAUUUAAUGCGGUCUUGCCUUAGAACGCAGAUGAUGCAACGGUCUUGAAUAGACUUCAGAAAAGCUGGUGUUACAAAAUCAAUAGCCAUGUACACAUAAUUGGUAUCGCGGAAGACCCUCUACCCUCCCGUUCAACAUAUUAAAGUUCUCACUUGUUCCAAGGCGAUCAGCUAAACACUCCAAACUUUGGC